UCUCAUCCGGGUACUGCGCUAGAACGAGCCCAUCAGCUAAAGGUACCAAUAUGGCGGAGGCUUCCCUAGGGAGUUCAAGUCCAGUUGGCUCUUUAUCGUCAGAGGACCAUGACUUUGAUCCAACAGCAGAAAUGUUAGUUCAUGAGUAUGAUGACGAGAGGACUCUGGAGGAGGAAGAGUCUCAGGAGGGAGGGAGGAAUUUCAGCUCAGAGAUUGCAGAUCUUGAAAAGGAGGGGAACAUGCCUUUGGAGGAACUGUUGGCUAUCUAUCGCUAUGAGGCCUCUGCGGGCUCCAGUAUAGACAGCUCGUCUGGAGACCUCACUGAUGAGCUGCCUGACAUGACUCUAGAUAAGGAGGAAAUAGCUAAAGACCUGCUGUCCGGGGACUAUGAGGAGGAGACCCAGUCCUCAGCUGACGAUUUGACCCCCUCGGUCACCUCCCAUGAGGCGACCGAUUUCUUCCCAAGAACACUCAGAUCCAAUGCAAUCUUUGAUGGUGAUAAAGAGUCAGAGUGUGAUGAAGAUGGCCCAAGUCCAGAGGACUCCAGAAAGGAAAUAAUGGUGGGAGCGCAGUACCAAGCAGAGGUUCCUUCUGGCCUCUGUCACUACAAAGAUGGAGAGAAAGUUUAUGAGGAUGAAGACGAGUUAUUGUGGAGGCCAGGUAUAUUGGCAGAAAACAAGGUUAGGACUUUCCUGUCAGACGUUUUGUCACGGACGUCAGAUGAAAAGAUGGGAUGUGACAAACCAUGGAUGCAUGUUCGAGAUAAUGAGCAGGCUUUGUUUGAGCUUGUCAAGGUCAACUACAACACUCGCGAAGCACUAGAGAGACACUGCAGCCGUGUAAAGUCCUCAAAAGAAAAAUCCCCUCCAUGGUCAGAAGAGGAAUGCAAAAACUUUGAGCACGCACUACAGAUGUAUGACAAGAACUUUCACCUUAUACAGAAACACAAAGUCGCAACACGAACCGUAGCUGAAUGUGUGGCGUUUUACUACAUGUGGAAGAAGUCGGAGCGCUUUGACUUCUUUGUGCAGCAGAAUCGGUUUGGGAAGAAAAAGUACAGCAGCUAUCCCGGCGUCACAGACCUGAUGGACCGGCUGGUGGACGAGGCGGAGGGUCUGGCCGUGGACAGUUCCUCCUCGGUGUGUUCAGGAGCCGGUGGAGGAGGAAGGAUGGAGAGCACCACCGACCAGCAGCUCAGCCUCCUCAACUCCAUCACCGCCAGCGACCUCACAGCGUUGAGCAACACUGUAGCCACAGUGUGUAACCCAGCAGAGGUGGGCUGCAUGGACUCCUACAGCUUCCCUCCACUGGAGAGUCUCCAUCGUGGGUCCCUCAACCACGACGAAUCCCUCGGGUUCCCUUCCAACGGUGCAGACCCAGACUGCCUCAACAUGCUGGACGCCGGCUUCUACCACUCGGACUGCGAGCGGCCCUCCAAGAGACUCAAGAUGGCCCUGCCUGACUCCUUUAUCAAUGACGUGUCUGUGGGUAACCUUGGUGUGGACUUCGAGACGCGGCGGACAACGACGCACCACCAUCGAAUCACCGGCGCGAAAAUGGCAGUGUCCGUCACAGACUUUGGGAGCUUGGCUGGGAGCGGCGAGCCCAACGGCUUUCUGGGAGCACACGCACGGCACCACACACAGCACAGCGCAGCACUUCAGUCAGAGUGAUCCUCAUCCCUUGUUCUUGCCUUUUGAAACCCCUUAUCCGCUUGUACAUAAGACUGACCUCACUGGGGGAUCUGAUUUGUUUAAAUUGUAUUAUAUAUAUAUCUAUAUAUGUAUAUGAAUAUACUUUUUGUUUUCAUUUUUUGUGUAAUAUGACAUCAGUGAUGUCUAUCAUAUAGAACUAAAAUCUUGAUUUCUCUCAAGAGUUUAUAUAGCCAUUUAUUUUAUUCUGGUUUUGUGGUCUUGAGAUGCAACGUCCAUGUACAGUGGGGCCCAGAGGCUGCAGUAGGAGAGCUGUGAUUCUUCCUUCCUCACGUCUUCAGAGCUACAGUAUGUUAUCCUGCCAUUCUUUACAGCUGCCAAAAACGGCUCAGUAUUUAGUUGCUUGUCUUUGCUGUUUGAAGUGGUACUUUUUUUGUGUGUGUUUGGUUUACAGGUACAUUUAGGUAACCAGGCUGGUGCAAAUGGUUGUAUUUGCCCCCGUAUAAACCUGGCUAGAUAUUGUAUGAAGAGCAACACUAGCAUGGAGAUUGGCUUGAGAGCAGGACGGUGGUGGCAUCAGAAUGUGUCUUUGUUUUUCUUUUCUCCUGUGGAAGCCUGUCUGCAGUUGGUCUGCUUGUUUACUCUGAAACUGUUUAAAGUGGCCAAACUGGAACAUGUGCAUGUUUGCAAAAGUUUUAAACAAUAUGUAUAUUUCCAUUUAGUGAAACCUAAUCCUUAGACCCUUAUUCAUUUCCAAUUCCAACAGCUGAUGGAGAAUUCCUGUGCAGAGUAACAUAUUGGCACCUUGUUCUGCAGUUGGAUAUCAAGUUAUUUUUGUAAUCCUGCUUCUUCGUAGGAGUGUAACAUUCAAUCAAUUAAACCAAUGCAAAGAUAUUAGUUAAUAUCAUUUAAAGGUGGAUAUCAUCAGGCACUGUAAUGUGUGUAUUUAUUACCAUAUACUUUAACUUUUUUGUGAGAUUUGUUUAAUCCUUUCACUCAUGCUAGCUCUUCCUAGGCAACUGGACAUGUUUUAGUUGUAGAAAAACAUGUUGGAUCAGCUCCUGAAUCAAGUAAUGCCAUUUCAGACCACUGAGCAAGCUUGGGUAAACCUGCUAGCAGUAUUAUCUUUUUAUUUAAUUUAAAGCCACUCAGUUUUGUAUUUAACCUCUGCCUAACCUGUACGGCCUAGAGAAUGCCUUGUAUAAUCUAGCCGACAGUUUAUUGGAGUUUAGUAGCAGAAAUGGAGCUGUUGUCUCUUGACUGAAGUCCAUAAUUGUGAAUUGUAAAAUGUUUAGCAGGUCAUUGUCGGUUGAUUGGAUGCAGUAGUAGUGUUUACUUAAUUUAUCUAUGCAUUGUGCUAUGACUAAUUAGUUUAUUUCAGGGGUACAUCAUGUCCAUAGAUCUUGUUAUCCACCAUAAUGUGUGUACAGACAGAAUUCAUGCUUCUAAACCAUUACGUUUGAUUAUUUUUUAAACCCAGCAUCAGAGGAGAUAUUCACAUCUGUGUUUCAUGUAAAUAAUUAGCAAAUAGCCUUUAAAAGUCUAUGAACUGACCUCUUAAACUUGUGAAUCUUUGUUGAUACAAAGGUUUUAAUUUGAUUCCUUGUCAAAAGGCAAUAAUUUGUAGAUAUGUACAGAUAUUAUGGGUUUUGCAUUUUACCAGUUGACUUGGUGUAUGAAUUAGUUUCUCCUUGGAGAGUCAUGACCCCAGGACUCAGCUGAUCCCACGCAUGCCAGCUGUGUCUGUUCUCAAGUGUACCACUGAAACGGCUUUACCUGGACACGUAUUGAUAUUAUUCAAUGUUUCAAUUUUGCCUUCAAAACAUUCAGCCAUGUGUAAAAGACGGUCAUCUCUCUUUACAUCGAAUUUUCCUCCUUUUUUUCAACAUGUCGUCUAUGUUUGUCUUUUUGGUAAAGGGAUGGUCGCUGCUCAAAGUAUGUGGAGAGCUAGUUUCUCUUUUAAUGCAAUGUGCAUAAUGCAGUAGGUCCUCCAAGCUCUUCUAGCUUUAGCAGUGCAGUGAUAUUUAUUUCACCUGUGGUUUGUACAAAGACUCAGAAAAACUGUCAGAAUGUAAAGGCCAUUACGUAGUAGAAGUAGGUUUUUCAACUCCCUGUGAACUCUCAAAUGUGAUAUUUUAUUGAUAUCUCUGGCUUGAGACUUGUGUGUGCAAGAAAGCACUAACACAUUUAUUUUAUAUUUUGUAUUGUGUUUUGAAGAUUUAAAAAGGAAAAAAAGUAUAGCAGUUGUGGUUUUCAAACAGAAAACUGAGUCCUUAGAUAAAAACAAAAACACCUUUAUGAAUAAAAACCUACAAAACAUAAAAA